AGGAGACUGAUAGCAGCUUUCCAUUAACUGCUGCUCCUAUCAACAUGUUGCCUGGUGAUUUUAAAGAAGAGGUCCCUGAAGAAAGGAGUCUUGAUGUGGAUCAGCAGGAGAUAGAGCUUUUCUACAUAAAGGAGGAAAUUGAAACAAUCUGGGUCAGCCAGGAAGAAGAGCAACUGAAUUUGAACGAGGAGACGGAAGAUUCCAGGUUUCCAUCAACUGUUAAUAUGAAGAGUGAAGAGGAUGAAGAGAAACCUGCAUUCGCUUACUUUCAUCAACAGCUAAUAGAAGACAGAGAUUUUCCAGUCAGCACUACAUCUGACUAUAUAAAAGUAAAAAUUGAAGAGGGUGACACAAAUGUGGUUUCAAUGAAAAAAGUUCUUGUUGGUAGUAAAAAGUUUAAUUGGAAAAAAAAUCCAAAGACAAACAUAAACCACACCAGCGAGAAAUCCUUUGGUUGUGAUGUUUGUGGAAAGAGAUAUUACAAAGAGUCAAUUUUAAAAGAACACUUAAGAAUUCACACGGGAGAGAAACCUUUUAGUUGUGAUGUAUGUGGUAAAAGAUUUACAGAUAAGUCAGACCUAAAUAGACACACAAGAAUCCACACAGGAGAGAAACCUUUUGGGUGUGAUGUAUGUGGUAAAAGAUUUACCGUCAAGUCAGACUUGAAUAGACACACAAGAAUCCACACAGGAGAGAAACCUUUUGGUUGCGAAGUAUGUGGUAAAAGAUUUACCGACAAGUCAGAUUUAAAUACACACAUGAGAAUCCACACAGGAGAGAAACCUUUUGGUUGUGAUGUAUGUGAGAGAAGGUUUUCCCUCAAGUCAUAUUUAAAAAGACAUGUCAGAAUCCACACAAGAGAAAAAAGUUUUGGUUGUGAUACAUGUGGGAGAAGAUUUUCCUUGAAGUCACAAUUAAAAAGACACAUGGGAAACCACAUGGGAGAAAAACCUUUUGGUUGUGAUGCAUGCGGUAAAAGGUUUUCCAAGAAGUCAAAUUUAAAAAGACACAUGGGAAUCCACACAGGAGAAAAACCUUUUAGUUGUGAUGCAUGUGGUAGAAGAUUUUCCUGGAAGUCACAUCUAAAAAGACACAUGGGAAUUCACACAGGAGAAAAACCUUUUGGUUGUGAUGCAUGUGGUAAAAGAUUUUCCUUGAACUCACAAUUAAAAAGACACAUGGGAAACCACACUGGAGAAAAACCUUUUGGUUGUGAUGCAUGUGGUAAAAGAUUUACAGAUAAGUCAGACUUUAAUAGACACAUGAGACUUCACACAGGAGAGAAACCUUUUGGAUGUGAUGCAUGUGGUAAAAGAUUUACGGAUAAGUCAGACUUCAAUAGACACAUGAGAAUCCACACAGGAGAGAAACCUUUUGGUUGUGAUGCUUGUGGUAAAAGAUUUACUGACAAGUCAGACUUAAAUACACACAUGAAAAUCCACUCAGGAGAGAAACCUUUUGGUUGUGAAGCAUGUGGAAGAAGAUUCUCCCUCAAAUCAUAUUUAAGAAGACACAUGGGAAUCCACACGGGAGAAAAACCUUUUUGUUGUGAUGCAUGUGGGAGAAGAUUUUCCUGGAAGUCACAAUUGAAAAGACACAUGGGGGAUCACAUGGAAGAAAAACCCUUAGUUUGUGAUGCAUGUGGUGAAAGAUUUACAGAUAAGUCAGACUUAAAUACACACAUGAGAAUCCAUGUAGAGGAGAAACCUUUUGGUUCUGAUGCAUGUGGGGAAAUAUUGUCCAGUAAGAUAGAUUUAAACUCAAACAUGAGAACUCACAAAGGAGAGACAUCCUUCGGUGGUGAUGCUUUGGAAAAACAGCAGCCAAUUCACAUAAUGGUGUGAAAAGACUAUGUAGUACACAUGAUUGUAUUAGCAACAUAAAUCAUAGAUGAUUUAUGAUCACAUCACAACCUGAGCAACCAUUAGCAUGUUGUCCACACUUAAUCACAUUGUUGUCCACACUUAAUCCCAAACAGGAGAGAUUAUAAAGGCUGAAAGCAGCUGGGAUGAAGGACUUGUGGAAAUGCUCUUUUAAACAUUUGGGGUGCAUCAGUCCCUAAAAUACCUCUCCAGUUCUAUGUGCAUGGUGGUGUAGUCAGAGUUAAGAAUUGGACUAAUAUGAUGAUCGUACUUUCUUUUUUAAGGACUGUAACAGUGUAUUUUGAACACAUAAUUGUCUUAUUGUUGUUCUAUCUAAAUCCUGUAAAAACAGCAUUAAAAUAGUCUUUUUGGGACAUCA